AUGAAAAGGAAAGCCACUAUGAAAAGAAAUGCCAUCUUUAAUGAAAAUAUUCGAACUAUUACAGUUAAAAAUCAAGAGGAAUAUAUGAAUAAUUUAAAGAUGCAAGCAAUCCGUUUGUAGAUUGAAAAGAUUGUGCAUCUUGACCCUUUAUUAAAAUCUCUUCUUAGUUCUAAAUCUAAUCGUAAACAUUAUGCUCGUCCAUUAUUUAAAGCAUAAAGUAAUCGAUCUUUCAUAGAAUCAAAGAUGUAAGAUGGAGAAACUCAAUAAAGAGCUAAAAGUUCUGAGGGUACUCUAUUUGGAGAUAUGGGUAUUAAAUAUAAGUGUCUUAUAUAAAGAGGAUUGUUUAAAAUAAAGAUGCAUAUUAAUAUAAUAAGAAGGAGAUUUAGAAGAUGUGUGACAGCUGUUUGUCUGUUGCUUACAUAUUUUCGAUAUUAUCCACUUUUUAAGAAGUGUAAACGAUUUUCAAGACCUAGAAUUUCUAUAUUACGCACUAAACCAAUUUUAGAAAAGUUGCCAAUAAUAUCGUAAAUAGAUAAAACAAAUACAAUUGAUGACAGUGUGAUGUCUAAGGAACCUAUAAACUAUUUUAAAAAGAAAAAUUCUUCUUAAGGAAACUAUGAUAUCUUUAUCAAAAGACCAAUUCAAUAAUUUAUAAUGAGAUCUAAUACUUAAAUAUAUUCCUAGAAACGCAUAUGCAAGACUGAACAUUCAUAAGUUAAAAGCAUGGGCCAUAUAAAUAAAAAAUAAAUACAUGAUAAGUUGCUAAUAAAGUCAUCCUCAAUUAAAUACUUUCUAUGA